CCAAUACCCUUUGCAACGGUGAAAUGACUCCGAUAUGCGAAUGUGUCACCAAUAAUUAAAGUGUGAAAUAGUGUGUUAGGAGACAACUUUGACUAUUUGUUACUUACGCUAUAAAGAGAAUCUAAAAAAAUGAAGACUAUGAAACUGGUGUCCUGGAUAUGUGCCACGUGUUUACUGACGCUGGCGGGCUCUGCAGAUGAGAUGGUGAAUAUCCCGGGAGGGAAGAUGAUAAUGGGAAGCAGUGCAGCUGAUGGGAGAGAUGGAGAGUCUCCCAGCAGGGAGGUUGAACUUCAGGACUUUACAAUAGACACGUACCCUGUUACUAAUGCAGAUUUCAGAGAGUUUGUGAGAGCGCAGAAAUACAAAACAGAAGCUGAGACGUGGUGGAGUUUUGUAUUUGAAGACUUUGUGUCGGAUGACCUGAAGAGCAAAGUGACACAGAAGAUUGAGACAGCUCCUUGGUGGUUGCCUAUAGAACGGGUGUCAUGGAGACAGCCUGCAGGACCAGGUUCAGGCAUUCGGGAGCGCCUGGACUUCCCUGUGGUUCAGGUGAGCUGGACUGAUGCUAAGGCUUUCUGCCAGUGGAGGGGAAAGAGACUGCCCACUGAGGAGGAGUGGGAGUGGGCUGCACGAGGUGGGCUGCAAGGUCGGACUUAUCCAUGGGGAAACAAGUUCCAGGCCAACAGAUCCAACCUUUGGCAGGGGGCCUUUCCAGAAAAAGACACUGCUGAGGAUGGUUACCAUGGCAUCUCUCCUGUGUCAGCAUUCCCUCCUCAGAACAGUUAUGGACUUUAUGACAUGAUGGGAAACACAUGGGAAUGGACAUCCACACCCUUUCGCUCUGCACAGCCAAUGUAUGUGCUGCGCGGUGCCUCAUGGAUCGACACGGUGGAUGGUUCAGCCAAUCACAAGGCACGAAUCACAACCAGGAUGGGCAACACUCCGGACUCUGCCUCUGAUAACCUGGGCUUCAGGUGUGCUGCCGAUGAUGGACAGAAAGGAGGGACGAAGAAAGACAAAACAGAACUUUAGACAACAGGAAGUUAACUUUGACCUUACGGUUAUUCAUGAGUUAACAAUGGUUCUGAUGACUCGAAGGAGGACAAAGAAGAAGACAAAAAGGGAGCAAUGAAAGAAUAAUGUCUAACAAGUGCAACGUGGUCAAACAAACUGUAUAUCUCCUGUGGAGAGUGAACAAUUAGUUUUUAUUGAUUUCAAUUUAAAAAAUAAAGAUACACUUGCUUAAACUGA